AUGGCCUGUGUUUUAUCACAAGAAAAAGAAGAAGAAGAAGAAGAAGAAGAAAAGGACAUGUUUGGGUCUGCUUGUCGGAUACAUGUCGAGCUUCCUGGUUGGAUGCACGAUCAAAAGGAUUGGACACCCAGGAGACGACCCAUGACUCACUUUGGGUACCUCGCAGUUUCGGAAAAUAAAUUGGGGGUCCUAACAACUACAAUUCUUGUUUUUACGAUGAUUUACAAUAAAAUUAUUCAAGUUGGCAACAUUAUCGGUUCGAGACAGUUUGACUUAGUUUCUAGCCGCUGCAACAUGGCCGUUCGUAACGAAAAUUCCCUAAAGGCGACUUUACAUGAUAAAACGAAGAAACGCCGAAAGAAAGUACAGAAGCAAAUCAAAAUAGGUAAUAGACGAAUAGGUGAUAGACGAAUAGGUAAUGGACGAAUAGGUGAUAGACGAAUAGGUAAUGGACGAAUAGGUAAUGGACGAAUAGGUAAUAGACGAAUAGGUAAUAGACGAAUAGAUAAUGGACGAAUAGGUGAUAGACGAAUAGGUGAUAGACGAAUAGGUAAUGGACGAAUAGGUAAUAGACGAAUAGGUAAUAGACGAAUAGAUAAUGGACGAAUAGGUAAUAGACGAAUAGGUGAUAGACGAAUAGGUAAUGGACGAAUAGGUAAUAGACGAAUAGGUGAUAGACGAAUAGGUAAUGGACGAAUAGGUGAUAGACGAAUAGGUGAUAGACGAAUAGGUAAUGGACGAAUAGGUAAUGGACGAAUAGGUAAUAGACGAAUAGGUAAUAGACGAAUAGAUAAUGGACGAAUAGGUGAUAGACGAAUAGGUGAUAGACGAAUAGGUAAUGGACGAAUAGGUAAUAGACGAAUAGGUAAUAGACGAAUAGAUAAUGGACGAAUAGGUAAUAGACGAAUAGGUGAUAGACGAAUAGGUAAUGGACGAAUAGGUAAUAGACGAAUAGGUGAUAGACGAAUAGGUAAUGGACGAAUAGGUAAUGGACGAAUAGGUGAUAGACGAAUAGGUGAUAGACGAAUAGGUAAUGGACGAAUAGGUAAUAGACGAAUAGGUAAUAGACGAAUAGGUGAUAGACGAAUAGGUAAUGGACGAAUAGGUAAUAGACGAAUAGGUGAUAGACGAAUAGGUAAUAGACGAAUAGGUGAUAGACGAAUAGGUAAUGGACGAAUAGGUAAUGGACGAAUAGGUAAUAGACGAAUAGGUAAUAGACGAAUAGAUAAUGGACGAAUAGGUGAUAGACGAAUAGGUAAUGGACGAAUAGGUAAUAGACGAAUAGGUGAUAGACGAAUAGGUAAUGGACGAAUAGGUAAUAGACGAAUAGGUAAUGGACGAAUAGGUAAUAGACGAAUAGGUGAUAGACGAAUAGGUAAUGGACGAAUAGGUAAUGGACGAAUAGGUAAUAGACGAAUAGGUAAUGGACGAAUAGGUAACAUACAAUUAACAUAUUCAUAUUUCAGAGAGAUUUUAUCGUUGCUGGAUUGA